GCGCACCGCGGGCCGGAUGCGUGCGCGCCCCCGGACGUCCCGCCCCGCCCCCUCUGCCGCCCGCGAGCCGGGAGGCGUGCGCGCCCCCGGACGCACCGAGCCGGGCACUCGGAAAGGCGUCCCCGCGGUGCCUGAAAGGUGUUUACUCCGCGCGGGCCUCGUGGGUGGCGAGUGGCGUGGAGUCUGGAACUAUCAGAAGCGCCCUGUUACGAGGGGCGGUGCAGGGAGACCAUCCCGGAAAGAACGGAGGGCAGUUGGGGGGCUGGGGUUAUUUCGGGCAGUCAGGUGGGCGACCCGCAGGGGCGUCUGGAAGGCCCGCGUCGUUAGGGAGCGUAGGAGCGGCGUUUCUGGUUACGGGGUCGGGCAAAGGGCAAAGGUCAGCCUCCUGGUUGGAGAGCACCUCCUUUUUGCCAUGGCGGCGUCUGGGGAACCCGGCCGGCAGUGGCAGGAGGUGGCGGCGGUGGUAGUGGUGGGCUCCUGCAUGACCGACCUGGUCAGCCUUACUUCUCGUUUGCCCAAAACUGGUGAAACCAUUCAUGGACAUAAGUUUUUUAUUGGCUUUGGAGGGAAAGGUGCCAACCAGUGUGUCCAAGCUGCUAGGCUCGGAGCAAAGACAUCCAUGGUGUGCAAGGUUGGCAAAGAUUCUUUUGGCAAUGAUUAUAUAGAAAACUUAAAACAGAAUGAUAUUUCUACAGAAUUUACAUAUCAGACUCAAGAUGCUGCUACAGGAACUGCUUCUAUAAUUGUCAAUAAUGAAGGCCAGAAUAUCAUCAUAAUAGUGGCCGGAGCGAAUUUACUUUUGAAUACUGAAGACCUGAGGGAAGCAGCCAAGGCCAUCAGCAGAGCCAAAGUAAUGAUCUGCCAGCUAGAAAUAACUCCGGAAACUUCUUUGGAAGCCCUGACCAUGGCCCACAGCAAUGGAGUGAAAACAUUGUUCAAUCCAGCUCCUGCCAUUGCUGACCUGGAUCCUCGCUUCUACGCCCUCUCGGAUGUGUUCUGCUGCAAUGAAACUGAGGCUGAGAUCCUAACUGGCCUCGCGGUCAGCAGCCCUGCAGACGCUGGGAAGGCUGCACAGGUGCUCUUGGAAAGGGGGUGCCAGGUCGUAAUCAUCACCUUAGGUGCUGAAGGCUGUGUGAUGCUGUCACAGACAGAACCUGUCCCAAAGCACAUCCCCACAGAGAAGGUCAAGGCUGUGGAUACCACGGGUGCUGGUGACAGUUUUGUGGGGGCUCUGGCCUUCUACCUGGCUUACUACCCCAAUCUGUCCUUGGAAGAAAUGCUCAAGAGAGCCAAUUUCAUCGCAGCAGUCAGCGUCCAGGCUGCAGGAACACAGUCAUCUUAUCCAUACAAAAAAGACCUGCCACUUGAUCUGUUUUGAUUGCUACUAACCCUAAAAUAAAUGUACUUGGAAAUAAAAUGUACUUGGGGGAGGGGGUGGCCACUCUUAGCUAGCAGCUUACUAUAAAAUAUCCUCUUCUCCAUU